AAGAUCACCGGGCAUUGCCUUUAGAGUUCAUAGCGCUCAUUUAGACGACGUGGUUGGUUUCACAAACACAGCACAGUACUAGUAUCCAAAGCAGCCCAUAGACACUCACCAAAGACUGUGACUGCAUAGUAAUAAGCCUCUCCCUUUCUAGGGGGCUAUGCUUUUCUCUAACAUUAGGAAUUAUUGCAUACCUACAAAGGAUUGAAAAUAUAGUUACUCAGAAUUUUAGUUUCUUUUCCUUAAGAAGCUGUGAGUCUUCACUGGCAAAGGAAUGAAUCAUUACCAAGCUGAAUCAACAUUUUAUGAGCAGCUAUGGAGACAAAUUCGGCUCCUUUCCAAGAUGGUGUCAACAACCAGAAAAGAAUGGAGGAUACAUUAAAAAUCAUCCAGCAACAACCACCUUAUACUCCUUCAAGAAACAUUAUGAGUGUUGCGUUUCGGAAUCUGAGUGUUCACGCAUUCGGCCGACGAACGGACUACCAACGCACUGUCGCAAACUUUCUCGGUGCAUCUGUUGCAAAUUGGGUUACGAAAAACCCACGAUUCCGGAUCGACAUCCUCCAUGAACUCGACGGAGUUGUACCGAGCGGCGAAAUGUUACUAGUGCUCGGAAAUCCAGGGAGCGGAUGCACCACCAUGCUGAAGUCUCUAGCAGGACAGACAUACGAUAUUUACAUAGACGAAGAGGCGGCUAUUAACUACCAAGGCUUGUCGUCGAAGCAAAUUUUUACUGAGUUCCGAGGAAAAGCGACGUAUCAAGCUGAAUUCGAUAUCCACUUCCCUUCCUUAACUAUGCGAGAGACUCUUGAGUUUGCCUAUAGAGCAAGAAGACCUCCUAAGUAUUGGGAUGUGACCAAAGCUACUGUCGAAAGCGAUGUUCGCGCUUUGGGUUUAUCUAAAGCCCUUGAUACCAAGAUGGGGAACGCCUAUGUUCCUGGAGUUAGUGGAGGAGAACGCAAAAGAACGAGUAUCGCGGAAAUCCUCCUAGGAGACAGUGUCUUCCAAUGUUGGGAUAAUAGUACACGAGGGUUAGACAGUGUCAAUGCUCGUGACUUCGUCAAGGCCCUACGACAACGUACUACAGAGAACCGCUCCGUAGCCAUUGUGACUUUAUACCAAGCAGGCGAAGAGAUAUAUGAUCUUUUCGAUAAAGUGACGGUAUUAUAUGAAGGACGACAGAUCUAUUUUGGAUCUACGAGAGAUGCUAAAAAAUAUUUCACCGACCUCGGAUAUAUCCCCCCAAACAGAUCCACUACCCCUGAAUUCCUUACGUCUGUUACGAGACCACUCGAUUUACGCCCCCAAACAAGGGACGGCAUCGGAUGGCUGCCAAGAACUGCAGAGGACUUCGAGCAGAGAUGGAAGACUUCCCAUCAAUACAAAGCAUUGAUUAAUGAGGUCGAUACUUAUAACGCCACUUACCCUCUCGGGGAUGAGAAGAAUCGCCGGGUAAUGCCGAGGGAGCUGAAAGGGUUCGAAGAGCGAAGAACCCCCUAUGUUCUCCCAGUCCCGAUGCAAAUCGGGCUCUGUGUGAAUCGGGGGUUCCUUCGUCUGCGUAAUAAUCUAGGGGUACCAAUAUCCACUAUCAUGGGGAACUUUGUUGUUUCCCUUAUCCUCGGUAGCAUGUUUUACAACAUGAAAGAUGAUACCGAUAGUUUCUUUGGUCGCGGAGUGCUACUGUUUUUUACUAGUCUGGUCAACACGACACUGGCCGCCUUCGAGUCCGUAGCAUUAUGGGAUGAUCGCCCAAUUAUCGAGAAGCAUGUCCAAUACGGAUUUUACCAUGCCUUUACUGAAGCCGUCGCAUCCUUCGUCUGCGACCUACCAAACAAGCUCGUGCUCACAUUCGCUUUUAACUGCCCACUCUACUUCCUAAGUAAUCUUCGGCGUACGCCUGGAGCGUUCUUUACCUAUUAUCUAUUUGGAUUGAUGAGUCUUCUCAAUGGAUCUGUGGUAUAUAGGUCCAUGGGGGCCAUGUCCCGAACUCUGGCUGGUUCUCAGCCUCCUGGGGCAGUACUUGUUGUACUAUUAACCAUAUACAGUGGAUUCGUGAUACCAUUUCGAGAAAUGCGCCCGUGGCUUCAAUGGUUUACGUAUAUCAAUCCGGUGCACUACGCUUUUGAGGCUAUGAUCAUCAACGAAUUUUCUGGACGAGAAUUCGCCUGUAGCAAAUUCUUCCCUGAAAUACGCAAUAAUCUUUCGCCAUUCAUUUGCGCUGUGGUUGGUUCCAGACAAGGACAAGUAUAUGUGUCGGGGGACGAUUAUAUUGCCGCACAAUUUGGAUUUACGAGCGGACAUCUUUGGAGGAAUCUUGGCAUUUUAAUUGCCCUCUUAGUAUUUUGUUCAUCUGUUUAUGUUCUCGCCACCGAGUUCAUUACAAUGCUUCCGCCAAGAUCGGACGUUUUACUAUUCCAGAGGGGUCAUAUGCCCGCUAAUUCCAUUAUCGACGACGAAGAGAAGGGUAAAGCUACUCGAGAUAGUGUCGAGAAGUUUAAUAAUGAUAAGAAUAGUAACUAUGGUAUACUUGAUACAAGUGAUGGCGCACACCUUCUUUGGAGCAAUCUCACCUAUAAAAUCAAGAUCGGAAAGCAGGAGAAAGUCAUUUUGGAUAAGAUAGAUGGUUGGGUCAAGCCUGGAACCUUGACAGCACUCAUGGGUUCAUCCGGGGCUGGCAAGACAACUCUUCUAAAUGUUCUCGCCGAGCGAACUACUAUUGGGGUUGUCACUGGUAGCAAAGUAGUAGAUACAUGCUACCAAAACAUCGCAUUUUCUCGUAAGAUUGGUUACGCUCAGCAAGAGGACAUACAUCUCGAAACAGCAUCUGUUCGAGAGUCACUUACGUUUAGUGCCUUGCUCCGGCAGCCCGAGCAUUACUCCACUGACGAAAAGCUGGCUUAUGUCGAUUAUGUUAUAGAGAUGCUCGAUAUGCAAGCGUUUCAGCAUGCCAUAGUCGGAAGGCUUAAUGUCGAACAAAAGAAGCGUGUCACAAUUGGCACCGAGCUGGCCGCACGACCAGAGCUUCUCUUAUUUCUCGAUGAACCAACAAGCGGUCUCGACAGUGACUCAUCUUGGUCUUUCUGCACUCUCCUAAGAAGAUUAACAGAUAGCGGACAGGCAAUCUUAUGCACCAUCCACCAGCCAUCGAGUCCUAUACUCACCCUAUUUGAUAAGCUUCUCUUCCUUAAGGAGGGCCACACAGUAUAUUUCGGCGACUUUGGACCUGAAUUUCGCUCACUAAUCAAUUACUUUGAAAGCCACGGGGCCCGGAAAUGCCUUCCCCAUGAGAACCCUGCUGAGUGGAUGAUGGAAGUCACCAGCACGGAUGAUGCCGAGCACUCACUGAAUUGGGAAGAGAUAUGGGACAGAUCCGCGGAAUGUGCCGCUGUUAAAAAGGAAUGUGGUCAAAUGAGCCAACGGCUAUCUAGGAUGCCAACUACAAUGGCUCUUAACGAGAGUCGUGCUACUGAAUUUGCAACCACCUUCUGGUACCAACUUGGCAUCGUUACCAAGAGAGCUUUUCAGCAUGACUGGAGGUCUCCGGAAUACCUCUAUUCCAAGAGCCUUACCACAUUUGGUUAUGCAUUCAUCAAUGGGGUGAGCUUCUGGGCCUCAGGAACAACAUCCCAAGCCAUCCAAAACCAAAUCUUCUCUCUCUUCGUAUUUUCUACAAUUUUCGGAACACAUGUACAACUCAUAAUGGAACGAUUCUACAACAGUCGAACCUUAUAUGAAAAUCGAGAGCGUCAAUCCCGAACGUACUCAUGGAUCGUAUUUCUUAUCUCAAAUAUCAUAGUCGAGCUCGCAUCACAAACCGUCAUCAGCGUCAUCGCGUACGUAUCGUGGUAUUAUCCAUUAGGUCUCUGGAAGAAUGCGAUCGCGCAGGACGAGCUUAAUAGCCGUAGUGGUCUCAUCUUUCUACUAAUUUGGUCCCUGCUUGUUUUAUUUCAAACUCUCUCACAAAUGCUCAUGACCAUAAUGCCUAACAUUCCAGCUGGGAUCAAUAAUGGAAACCUCUUAUUUAUGUUGUCGCUAAUAUUUUCCGGGGUUCUCGUGCCUCCCAGCGCCCUCCAGAACUUCUGGAUUUUCAUGUACAGGGCAACUCCACUUUCAUACUAUAUGUCUGCCAUCAUAGCGACCGGUCUCUCAGGGGCAAAUAUCACCUGCUCCGACAUAGCCAUAUAUAAACUGGAUCCUGUACCAGGUCAAUUCUGUGGCUCGUACCUCAACCCACCCACGGUUUUGGUUGAAAACACUAAGGAUAUACAAGGGUGUAGAGUGUGCGUGUCUAACACUGCUGAUUCGUUGCUGGCCGAAUUCGGCAUACGCUUCCAGGACCGCUGGUGGCAGUGGGGAGUUACCAUCGUUUAUAAUGUUAUUAAUGUGGCACUCGCAGUACUGUUGUACUGGUUAAUAAGGGUACCAAAGAGGCCGAGGAAGCAGGAUUAAUUUGACAGUCAAGUACAAGUAACAUCGUCGUCAUCGGAGAGACAUUUAGGUAGUUGACUUUAUCAUUCGCUUCCAGCUUCUUCUCUAUAUCAACCACCUAAUACAAGGUAUAUGAUGAUUACGAAUAUAUUGUCAGAUUGACCACAUCACCAAAAGGUAUCUUGUAAUGGCACAAAGGUUACUACUUAAUACAUGACAACACCAUAAAGAAAUCGCGAAGUGGCAGUGGAAACAAAUUAAUUGUUAUCCCAGCCUUUUGCUAGGACUACCUACUGUACGAUAUGAGGCCACAAUCAACUAACAACCGGUCCGUCUGAUGGAUUACAUAUGCGCAUUCAAAAUACCUAGGUAAUCCACAUCAAUUGAUAUGCC